AUGGACUACAGCAUGGAAGACACUCAGAACGCUGCGCCCCAAGCCCGCGAGGCCUCGAAGCUGGGUGCUCCCGCGCCACGCAAUGACACCCAGAGCGUCACUAAACGUUUACAGUCGGAACUCGUGCAGCUCAUGCUCUCUCCGUCGCCUGGCAUCUCCGCCUUCCCUAAUGCCGAUGGCAACAUGUUAUCGUGGAUUGCGACUAUUGACGGACCGACCGAAACUCCUUAUGAAAACCUGACAUUCAAGCUGUCCUUCGCCUUCCCCAACAACUAUCCAUAUGCUCCCCCGACUGUUCUGUUCAAGACACCCAUUUACCACCCCAACGUCGACUUUUCCGGUCGCAUUUGCUUGGAUAUUCUCAAAGACAAGUGGAGCGCCGUCUACAACGUGCAGAGCGUCCUCCUGAGCUUGCAGAGUCUGCUUGGCGAACCCAAUAAUGCCAGUCCGUUGAACGGUGAAGCCGCCGAGCUAUGGGACAAGAACUUUGAGGAAUUCAAGCGCAAAGUUCUUGCCCGACACCGCGACAUUGAUGACGACGAGUAA